CUAACAUUAGAGACACUAUGGUUGUUUUAUUAAUAAAAAAAAAGUCACUAUAUUUAAAUGGUUGUUAUGUUGAACUAAAAGUCAUUGUGGUAUUAUAAAGCCUAUAAGAGGUUUUUAUUUUUUUGUUUUGUUUUGUUUUUUUUAAUGAAUUUUUUUAUAUAUUGGUCAAUAUGAAAGAUGAAGGUAACUAUGUUAAAAUUAAGAUUACUAUGUUCAACAUAAGAGUCACUAUAUUUUUGUGGAUUAGGUCACGCAAGUUUUUUCCCAAAAGGCCAUUUAUCAAACAUGACCUUUAUUGGGGAGCAAGGUAGCGAGCUACAUUUUCUCUAACAUGACCAUGUGCUCGGAGCCUCUAACCCAACAUCCGCCAUCAUCGGACCACUUUACCAAACCUUUUAAAAAAAAACCCUCUCUUUUUCCCCGCCUUUUUCUCUCUCCUCAGUUUUCCGACUCUGACCAUCACAAAUUCGCCGGCGACAAUUUUCUCUCUCCUCUAAUCGGUUCAAGUUCACUGAAGCUCACUCUUCGUCGAAAUCAAUCGAAAUUUUUUAGGUUAACUGAUUUUUGCAAAUGUAUGAUACUGAGCAGAAUUGAAAUGUUACAAAACCCUAAUUGAGUAAUUUGAUCGUGUUUUUGAGGUAGAAAAUGGCGGUAGAUUUACAAUUUGAAGAAUCGUUGCUUCGACAAUUGAAGCUAGAAGAUCCAUGGCUUCCUCCUAAACCUUGGGAGUCUAUUCCUUCUGAAAAUGGCGCGUCUGUUUCUCUCUCCUCACAUAAUGCUUCCUUUCGUGGCUCUCUUUACGACAUUUCCUCCGUUUCAGAGGCAAGCUUGGUGCGCUUGGUGUUAAAUGCAUUGCAAGGUGUUCAGUCAGCAGUUAUUAGUAUUGAACACAUUUCAAUGUUAUUAUGUGCGGAUCCUGCUGACAGAUCUGGUCAUCGUCUUCCAACUCUUUGGAAUAGAUCUUUAAGCACAUGUGCACUGGGAAAGAUACUAAAAUCUAUUGGCUUUUCUGGUUCCCUGGUUAUUCUUCUCCAUAAGUUUGUGGAUUAUUUUACGAAUACAAGUUUUGCCGAUGGCAUGACAGAGAUAGAACAAGCAAAGCCUGGUCCAGCAGGGGUAAUUGUGGAUGAAGGUAUUGAUGUGAGGCAUCGUCCACAAAGCCUUGUAAAUCAGGCAUUUGCAGUUGCUGUUCGAACAGUAUUGGAAGGAUAUUUAUGUGCAUUGGAUACAUUAAGUGCCUCUGUGAAUAUGAGGCGUUCUUGCAAUGAAGUCAAAUCGGUAUCUAAGGCUUCACAACAAGGUAGUCUCACAAGCAUCUCACAUUCUGAAGUUACCUUAUUGGAGACUUAUAUGCACACAAAAGAAUUGAGGGUUCAAAUCGAGGUGCUUGGGCAUCUUUGCUGUUUAAAUGAUUUGGCUCUUUGCUUCUCAUCAAUCUCCUUUGAGGAUGUGAUUGUCAAAGCAAGUGUGGAAUUUCGUAACUUCCCUAGAGGAGGAGAUUUGCUCACUUUUUUGUAUAGACAGCUGCAGGCUGUUGAUCCAGCUCACUGCAGUCUGCUCAAGUUCCUUUUUAUUCGGUCACUUGAACCAUAUUGUAGAUUCAUCAGAUCGUGGAUUUAUGAGGCCAAGAUUAGUGACCCUUAUGACGAAUUUGUAGUAAAACAUUCUGCAGAUCCUCUUCCUUACUCACAUGGUAAAGCUGGCACCCCUGUUGACUUCCCAUUGGCAUCUGUUAGGGAACAAGAUGGAGCUUCCAUUCCUUGUUUUCUUAGAGAUGUUUUAGUUCCAUUGCUGAGAGCAGGCCAGCAAUUGCAAAUGGUAAUGAAAUUGCUUCGACUGUGCAAUUAUGUUCAUGCUGGAGAAGAUACUUUUGAUGACAUCCUUCCAUGCUCAAGUGACUUUUGCAGUGGUGAAGUUUCUGGUUCUCCAUUAAGUUUUAAUAAAGGAGAAAUAGAAGCCACUGUACUAUCAAGGAAGAAUUUCUACUACAAGAUGCAUAAAAAACUUGAUAAAUUUAUGGACACUUUAGACAUCAAAUAUCGUCAGGUAGUUUUGUAUGAUGAAUUCUCUGUUGGUACCAGCUAUGUUGGAGGAAACAUAGAUGCUCAAUAUUUCUCUAAUUUGGACAAGACACCAGUUCUCCUUUCAUCUUCAGAUAAUAGAGAUCUAAAUCAGGAUUCAGAGGUCUCUAGCAUGGAAGAGGAUUUCUCUUACACAUUGGAUCCUCUGGAGCUUUCUGAAUGUUCAUCGACAGAUGAUUCAGAUGAGCAAGUUGAUGCUGCGCAGUCAUUUGAUUGUCAAGAUAGUUUGGCAUGCACCGAACCAAGUUAUUUAUCUUCUCUGUGUUUCUCUAACCUCUCUUCUGGCAAACCUGUGGAAGAGGUUGUGCAUAAUGACUUAAUAGAUUCUUGUUCUAGGAAACUUGUCAUCAGGAAACAUGAUGCUUCAUGCACAGAGCUAACUGAGAUCUCUAAACCUUGGAUUUCUGAAAUUCAAUAUUCAGGUGAAGUUCCUUCUCUGGGUUGGCCUUUAGGAGGUCUCCAAGGAAAUCCUUUUAGCAUCGCCCAAACAUACAAAGAUGACAAAAUUUCGCAUAUUAGUGACAGUGAUCAGCCUAAGAUCAUGCCGAGUGUAAGUAAGCAAUUUACAACUGAGGGUACAUUGAUGCAUAAUGAAUGUCAUGGGAAUGAACUUUCCUCUUCAAAUUCGUAUCUUGUCCAGACAUGGAAUGCUAAAUACUCCAGCAAUGUUCUUAGUAUGAACCCCAUGCUGACAAAAAAUGCUUUCAUUCAAGAUGUAAAUAAACCUAAAGAGAACUCUUCUAAAUUUAGCAAACGUUUCCCUUGCUUCGACUUUUCAUCUGCCACUGAUCCUAUGAAGGCCUACGAAAGAAGGUUAUCUGUUGACCAAAGGCACCAUAUUGGGCAUGAACUUUUCCCCUCCGCUGAUACAAAAACUACAGCAGUUGGGAAUGUGGACAUCUUUGGAAAGGGACAGAAGGCAGUGAAUCUUCAACUGGAUAAGGAUUAUUUGGACCGUUCUGCUGCAUCUUUGAACUCAGAGAACAGUCUAGAGGAUCUGAAAAAUGCCUGUGGAGGGAGUAGCUGGCAAGUCUUGCUCCGUGGUUCAUUCAGAGUUGAUCAUGAUUCAGAUAGAGAGCACGAGCAUGGUAAAGAGGCUAUGUUUGAAAUUCCACUUGAUUUUAUCAUCGACAAAUGCCUCAUGCAAGAGAUUAUGUUGCAAUAUAUCUAUGUAAGCAGGCUGAGUAUCAAGUUACUGGAAGGAGGUUUUGAUCUUCAGGAGCAUUUUCACGCUCUGCGACGGUAUCUUUUUAUGGAAACAGCAGACUGGGCAGAUAUAUUUGUCACUUCUCUUUGGCAUCAUAAAUGGUGCUUUACUGAGGCAGAUCAAAAAAUUCCAGAAAUUCAAGGGUUACUUGAGUCAUCAAUCCAGAGGUCUUCAUGCGAGAGAGAUCAUAAUAAGGGUCGCUUGUAUGUUUUUGUGAAAAAUCAGAAUACGACUCCUUUUUCAGCUGCUGCACUUGGGCUCCAUUCAUUUGAUUUUAUAGGACUUGGUUACAGAGUUGAUUGGCCGGUCACUAUCGUGCUGACCUCAAAUGCAUUGAGAAUAUAUGCUGAAAUAUUCACUUAUCUCAUACAGCUCAAGCUUGCUGUUCUGUCUUUGGCUGAUGUAUGGUGCUCUUUGAAGGUUUUUAAGCACCUAAUCAGUGAGACUGAUGAACAGCAUCAGCAGGCAAGGACAAAAUUUAAUUGCAUCGUAAAAUUGAGGCAUCAGGUUAAUCAUUUUGUCUCCACGUUGCAGCAAUAUGUGCUAUCACAGUUAUCGGAUGUAUCCUGGAGUAGAUUUUGCUUCUCCCUCAAGCAUGAGGUCAAAGAUAUGAUGGAUCUAGAAUCUGUGCAUAUGGUGUACCUAACAGAUUCAAUGCGCAUAUGCUUCCUAUCUGAUGAAACUCUAUCCAUAUCAAACAACAUUGAGAGAAUUUUGCAAUGUGCCUUAGAUUUUCGAUCAUGCCUUGUCAAUGGACUGGGAGAUUUUCAGUCUGACAACCAGGGUUUGAUAGACCAUAUUUCACAGAUCAAUAUUUCUCAGGUAAUUUUGAUAAAGAAAAAUUUCGAUGAAAAUCUUAACGAACUGCAUUCAUCUUAUCUCAAGUCUCCCAAGCACGGAGAUUUUGGCCUUGCUCGGUUUUGGACUUGCCUGAAUUAUAAUGGGUAUUACACACAUGCCCUAGGUAAUGAUAUAUUCUCUCGGUAAAUAAAUGACGUGAAAGAGCUGCCAUGCCAAUCAUAAUUGGUUGUGUUGUGAGUUUGAUUGUGGAAUCUGAUAGUGCAGUGUUUUUUGUAUCCUUCUGGGAUUGUAUUGUAUUGUAAUUUGUAAAUCCCCCUUUUCACCGGUUCCAGAGGCCUUGAAUAUAUAACCAUGGCUUGGUAUCAUUGGGAAUCAUUUCAGUUGUGUGGUUUACUGUGCGUAAAUAGCCAAUUUUGUGUACAGUGUAGUCUACUUCGUAUUAUUAAAACCACUUGCUAUACCAUGUAAUUUCAAUAGCUGCUCUUCCUGUUA